UUCUAAGUUUCUUAUAGGAGUGAGAGGGGUAGAGCGAGAGACUGCGCUGCGACCUCUUCGGGGUCCCUUUAAGGAACACUCGCACCCCCUUCCAAUUUAGAACCCCCAGAGCAGGGUAGCCUGGCUGCGGCAGAAGCCAGGGGUCAUUGCUCUGUUGGCAGUUGAGCCUGAGGGAAUUGGAGGGAGGGAAUCCCUCCUCCCUCGGAGCCCUCUUCAUUCCCCAGCUUUAUUUCCCGGAGACCCAGAGAUUAGGUCCCCAGCUCCCCCCAAAAGUAGUCAGAAUGUCUCAGGAGAAUGACACAUGGAAAAAAGAGGUCCUGUGGGACGAGCUCGCCGCCAUAAGGCUGCAGAAGCUGGAACAGCAGGACUCCUGGCCCCCACACACCCCUUUCCCGCUCCCGCAGCGGCGGCUAUUUGAGAAGAAGCAGCGGCGGAAACGCCAAGAUUUCCUCAUGGUUCAGGCCAAUCCUGACACCUCCCUGCGGUCCUGCCGACCGCGCCAGAGGUCGGAGCGCCUCGCCGGGAACAGCGGCCUCCGGAACCCUUUCCUCCGGGAGAAUGUGCCAGAAGCACAUCUGCACGCUGGUACCCACAGCGCCCAGGGCAUCAUGAGCUGUGGUGGCGAUGGCCGCCCGGAGCCCAGCCCCUUGGCAUCCCCGACGGAAGAAGACACGUCCUAUCCUGAGUUGGAGGAGGUCUUCGUGGAGGAUGUUCCCACCUUCCGCCCUCCUUUCAAAGGGCCCCCAAGGAUAAGAUGCAGGGGUUGGAUACCCCACGGACGACGUGGGUCCAGUACAGAGGACGAUAACGAAUCGCAGGAUGGUGGAGAUGAAUGCGAGUCGCCUGGAAGGGAUGAUGAUGGGGGAAGUGGAGACUCGAGCUCCAACAGGGGAGAAGACCUGGAGGAAAAGAAAGAGGAGUCGGAGUCCACAGUGAGGAAUUUCCCAGGGCUGGCUGCCGGGAAGAUGUCCGAGGCCCUGGAAAGCGAGGGCGUCGGGGGCUUCGGCAGUGCGCGGAGCUCGCCCCUCUCGUCUCUCCUCGCCCCAGACCCGCGGCUCAUCGCGGACUUGGAAGAAUAUGUGUUGCGGCCAGCGGUGCGCGGCUGCACGAUGCAGUGUUGCAUCAGCCGCGACAAGCGUGGCAUAGACAAGGGCAUGUUCCCUUUCUACUAUCUCUACUUGGAGGCGAUCAACGGCCACAGCCGGAAGCACUUCCUUCUCGCUGGGCGCAAGAGAAAAAUGAGCACAACCUCUAAUUAUCUAAUUUCCCUGGACCCCACAGACCUGUCUCGGGAUGGGCAGAGCUUUGUGGGCAAAGUCAGAUCUAAUGUCUUCGGCACCAAAUUCACCAUUUUCGACAAUGGGGUGAAUCCUGAAAAAAAGUAUUUCAUCCCAGACACUGGCCGGAUCAGGGAGGAGCUGGGCGUUGUGUGUUAUGAUACCAACGUCUUGGGAUUCCGAGGGCCCCGGAAAAUGUCUGUGAUCAUUCCAGGAAUUGAUGGCCAGAACAAGAGAAUCAGCGUCCAGCCACAAAAUGAGCGGGACCGCCUUAUGAGUCGCAUCCAACGGGGGGCCAACCAGGGGCUGGUCCUCCUGCAAAACAAAGCCCCAUCGUGGAGCUACGAGACUGGCGCCUACGUGCUGAAUUUUCACGGUCGAGUCACUCAGGCCUCGGUCAAGAACUUCCAGAUUGUGUAUCCAGAUGACCCCGACUACUUGGUGCUUCAGUUCGGCCGCGUGGCCCCAGACAUGUUCACCAUGGACUUCUGCUUCCCUCUUUGCCCACUUCAAGCCUUUGCUAUCUGCUUGUCCAGUUUCGAUGGGAAACUGGCGUGCGAGUAAUCCAAUAAAAUAUAAUACUCUCCA